AUGAGCCUUUAUUGGAAAGCUUGCAGUGAAUUUCCAGUUUUAGUUGUUCGUCAUACAUGUUGGUGGUUAUUUAUACCUUUUACUGGAUUUAAUGGUAGUAAAUACGCGUUUCAAUUGACUGCAUAUUUGUCCGGUGACAUUCCUCCCCAAGCCAUUAUGUUGGAAAUUGUUAUUACGGAUAAGGAUGUGGACCCGGUGGCUGUGGUUUCUAGGUCGCCUUUAAGAUUACCCGGGUUUAGAUCGGAUGCUUUCUCUAUUAUUCAGCUUUUGGGAACUUAUUGCCCUUCUUUGGUCGUUCCAUCACAUAUUGAAUCUUCUAGCCCUAUGGAUGUUGCUUCCAUGAGUGCUCUUCCUCAUAGUCGCAAGCGCAAGCGGCCUUUAACACCUCAUCAGUUUGAGCACUUUUUGUGUGAUGUUUCGAGAUGGCCUCGAUGCGUGUCUCCUCCACCCUCGCCUCAUAAUUCUCUUACCGCGAUCGAUAUUUUCUCUUUCGAGGUUAGCUUACGAGCCUCGGAGGGUAUGAAGCUUGCAGGUGAGGAGAUGUUAUUUAACGCCGACGAAAUGCAUGCAGACUUGUAUAGUCGGUAUCGUGAUGUUGUUGAUAAGGUUAUGAUGUUAUAG